GCAAGUCGCACACGAACACAGAAACUCUGGAGCUCUGGAGAACUGUUUUUGUGGAGAUUUGAGGUGAAGUUAAACAGCCAGCAUGUGUGACAUGAGUGCUCUGGAUAACCUGGUGGCCAACACGGCUUACCUUAAAGCUCAAAGUGGAGACGAGAAGGAGAUGAGGAAAAGACGCCAGAGUCUGGCUCUUCCCAAACCGGGGAACUGUGAGUCUAUCAGGGCGUCCGUGGGGCAGGACUUUGAAUUGCUGUGUGAACUGCAGCCCAUCGGGAAGAAGCUGUUCAGACUUUUUCUGAACAAGACGCAUGAGUACAACAUCACCGCACACUUCCUGGACGAGCUGAACGACUGGGAACUGGCUGAAGGAGCCGCCAAGGACAAAACCUGCACCAACAUCAUCAACCAGUUCUGCAAGGAAGGAUCCACGAGCUUCCUAUCCAUCCUGAGCGGAGAAGCACUGGAGAAGUGCAAAGCUGUGACGGAGAAAGAUUUCAAAGUGGUGAUGAUGGGAAAAGUGAAAGAGGCCGUCAGAGAUUUCCUCAAGGGCAAGCCGUUCACAGAGUACAUGCUGAGCCCGUUCUUCGACAAGUUCCUGCAGUGGAAGGAGUACGAGAAGCAGCCCAUCACUGAAAAGUACUUCUACGAGUUCAGGACACUUGGAAAAGGAGGGUUCGGGGAGGUUUGUGCAGUGCAGGUGAAGAACACGGGUCAGAUGUACGCAUGCAAGAAGCUGUGCAAGAAGCGUCUGAAGAAGAAGCAGGGGGAGAAAAUGGCCCUUCUUGAGAAGAAGAUCCUGGAGAAGGUGAACAGCCCGUUCAUCGUCAGCCUGGCGUACGCCUACGAAACCAAAUCCCACCUGUGCUUGGUGAUGACACUGAUGAAUGGCGGCGACCUGAAAUACCACAUCUACAACAUCGGUGAAAAAGGGCUCGAGAUGAACCGGAUUAUUUACUACACCGCACAGAUCACUACGGGAAUGCUGCACCUACACACCAUGGACAUCGUGUAUCGAGACAUGAAGCCGGAGAACGUUCUCCUGGACAGUCAGGGGCAGUGCAGACUGUCGGACCUCGGCCUCGCCAUCGAGCUUCCUUCUGCAAAAACAACCACUCAGAAGAGGUGACGACCCCCGAGAGCACGAGUGGUUCAAAUCUAUUAAUUUCCCGUGUUUAGAGGCAGGACUCAUCCCUCCACCAUGGCUUCCCAAACCCAAUGGUGCCAAAGAC